AUGAGACUGUCGUUGGUUGCAAACGUCGGCGCUCUGCUUUUGAGCGGUCCUGCUCUCAGUCACCCGACAAAGAGCGGACAGGCCGUACACGAGUCCGUCUCUCAGCUCCCUCCAGGCUGGCGACAUGUCGCACCGGGCCACGAGUUCCUCACCGUCCGGCUCUCCGUCGCGUUGAAGCAGCCCGGCCUGUCUGAGCUGAAGAAGCGCCUCGAGGAUGUCAGCGACCCUGCUCACCCCGAAUAUGGCGCCCACGUCUCUCGGGACGUCAUGAAGGCCUUCCAGGAGCCUUCAGAGGAUGCAUACGCCGUCGUUUCUUCCUGGCUUCAGGCAUAUGAGAUUCACGACUUCAAGCAGGACGGACCUUGGGUUCGCCUGAACACCACCGUCGGCAAGGCGAACCGUCUUCUGGACUGCAAGUUCUCCAAGUACCAGUACAACACCGACAAGCCUGUUCUCCGUGCAAAGGAGUACACCAUCCCUGCCCGUCUGGCAGAGCACGUUGACUUCGUGUUUCCGGUCAGUCAAUUUGUCUCUAAACCGCCCAGGCAACAAGACUCGGUACAAGAUGUGACCAAGGCAAAGAGAGCAAGCACCAUGCCGGAGAGCUGCUGGUCAUACACGACCCCUCAGUGCAUCGUUGAUCUCUACAACAUCAACUACAGCCUGCCCGAUGGCCCAUCGCCGACGGAUUUUGGCAUCGCCGGCUUCUUGGAAGAGUACCCCAACGUGCCCACGCUCCAAGCCUUCCUCGCGUCGUACAGCCCGCGCAGAAACGCCACCAACUUCUCGCCCAGGUACAACCUCACCGUCGAGUCCAUCAACGGGGGUAACACCACGACGGAAGGCGGCGGUGUCGAGGCCCUCCUCGACAUUCAGUACAGCAUGCCCUUCAUCCAGCCGAUGAACGUAACCUACUUCUCCACCGGCGGUCGCGGCCCCGAGAUCGGCCUCGACGGCAAAGAGAAGACCCCGGAAGAGAGCGGCAACGAGCCCUGGAUCGAGUUCCUCGAGGCGCUCCUCGCCCGCGAGUCGAUCCCCCACGUCAUCUCCAUCUCGUACACAGACGACGAGCAGGCCAUCCCCCAGCCGUACGCCCGUCGCGUCUGCGAUCUCUUCAUGCAAGUCGCGGCUCGCGGCGUGUCCGUCCUCGUCGCGACCGGUGACGGCGGCGCCGCGGGUAUCAGAUCUGGUAACUGCGUCUCCAACGACGGGAAGAACACGACCAAGUUCAUCCCCACGUUCCCCGUGGACUGUCCCUACGUCACCGGCGUGGGCGCGACGGGCAACUAUGCACCUGCUGAGCCGGCGUGGUACAGCUCCGGCGGCUUCAGCGAGUACUUUGAGCGUCCGGCCUGGCAGGAGUCCGCGGCCAAGGCGUACAUUGACGGCAUCAACGGGUCUCAUGCCGGUUGGUAUGCGACCGGCGGCCGUGGCAGCCCGGACAUCUCUGCCAUCGGCUCUCGGUUCUUGAUGCAGCCCGGCUGGACGCAGAAGGGGACCUCCGCCAGCACGCCCGUGGUCGCCGCGAUGAUUGCGCUUGCCAACGACAAGCGGAUGAGGGAGGGGAAGCCUGCUUUGGGCUUCCUCAACCCUCUUCUCUACUCCGACAAGGUCCGCGCUGCUAUUGAUGAUGUGACCAGCGGAUCUAGCGGCAGCUGUCCGAUUGGGGAUCAGGUUGAGAGUGGAUGGUCGGCUACUGCUGGAUGGGAUCCGGCAACAGGACUUGGAACGUUGAACUUUGCCAAGUUCAUCGAAGCAUUGGCUUAA